AAAUAAGGAAUGGUAUCUUUAUACGUUCAAUGAUUCAUCAUUUAUUUUCCGAAUAUUUCACAUUUAAACGGUUGUAAAACAUUCAGAUGAAACUAGAGAAGAAGAUCGAGACAGAUAAUAGUAUAGGUGAGGUUAUGAACGGCGAUAGAAAGCGGAUCAGGGAGUCAAGAAAAAGGAAAGGAGAUGAACAGACAAAUGGAGAAGGUUCAAAGAAGGCUAAAAAGGAAAAGAGUUUGGAUGUCGGGGAAGACAACGCAACCGAAAAGGCCAGUAAAACACAAACUGAGAUUGAUGGAAAGUUGAAGAAAUUUAGGAUUAGUAAAAAGACAAGGAAAGAGUUGAAAGAGCGUGGCAUCAAAUAUCUGUUCCCGAUCCAGGCUAAAACAUUUGAUCUGAUUUACGAAGGCAAAGAUGUAAUUGGAAAAGCAAGAACUGGAACAGGAAAAACGCUUGCGUUUGCGUUGCCGGUAAUGGAACGUCUUCAGGAAAAUGAACUUGCAACCAAAAGGGGCCGAGCUCCAGUUGUCCUUGUUAUGGUACCAACUAGGGAACUUGCCAAGCAGGUCAGUGAUGAAUUUGAUGCACUGAAAACUAGUCUGAGUGUUUACUGUAUAUAUGGUGGAACACCUUAUGCUCCUCAAGAGUCGGCCAUACGUUCAGGAUUGGAUGUGUUAAUUGGGACACCUGGAAGAAUAUUAGAUCACAUGCAACGAGGGAUUCUUGAUUUGAGUAAAUUAAAACACUGUAUAUUGGAUGAAGUUGACAGAAUGCUUGAUAUGGGUUUCCAGGAUUCAGUGGAGGAGAUUCUUGCUGCCUCCUACACUGCAGAUAGCGCAGAGAAACCCCAAACAUUAUUUUUCUCAGCGACUCUUCCGGACUGGGUAACAACAACAGCACAAAAAUACAUGACAAAAGAUCGACAUAUUGUUGACGUAAUUGGAAAUGAAAGACAACAGGCUGCAUUGACAGUUGAGCACAAAGCAAUCAAAUGUCCCUACCACGAACGAGCAGCAACAAUUGGUGAUGUUAUCCAGGUCUACUGUGGAGCACACGGAAGAACUAUUAUUUUCACCCAGACAAAAAAUGAGGCAAAUGAACUGGUCUUGAACUCUAUACUUAAACAGGAUUCCCAAGUACUUCAUGGUGACAUUCCACAGAAACAAAGAGAGCUCACAUUGAAAGGAUUUCGUGAAGGGAAAUUUCGAUGUUUGGUUGCGACUGAUGUGGCAGCCCGAGGCUUGGAUAUUCCUGAAAUUGAUCUGGUUGUCCAAUGUGAACCACCCAAGGAUGUUGACGCGUACAUUCACAGAGCUGGCAGAACGGGACGAGCAAAUCGUCUUGGAGUCUGUAUCAUAUUUUACAAAUACAAUCAGGAGAGUUUGCUGAAAAUGGUUGAGAGGAAAGCUGGCAUUAGGUUUAAACGAAUCGGCGCUCCUCAGCCGGAAGAUAUUAUCAAAUCUUCAGCAGAUGAUGCUAAAAGGUUUUUAGAGCAAGUUCCAGCCGAUGCUCUUACAUAUUUCCGUGAAGCCGCUGAAGCUUUGAUAGAGGAUCGUGGCGCAGUUGAUGCUGUUGCAGCAGCCUUGGCUCACAUCUCUGGCACGACUGAGAUCAAGUCAAGAUCAUUACUCUCCUCACAAGAGGGCUACACGACAUACAUUUUGAAACAAGAAAAGAUGGAGUUACGGUCAACUGCUUACAUGUGGAGGGUGAUUGAAAACUGCCUCUCAGCCAAGAUUAAACCGGAAGUCAAGGGCAUGAUAAUGUCUCAAGAUCGUUAUGGCGUGGUGUUCGAUGUCCCUAGCAAUUUGAUCCCAGAAAUAGAGUCAUCCUGGACCAAUCCAAAAGAUGUGAUAUUAGAAAAGGCGAGAGAGCUUCCUGAAUUAGUCGCUCGGGUAAACAACUACCCUCAAUCUAAUGGUCGACACUUUGGUUCUACAAAUCAAUUUCGCUCCAAUGGCUUUGGUAGAUAUGGUAGCAAUGGAGGAUCUGAUAAAUUUUCUAAUGGUACAAGGACUGGUGGGAGGUUUGGGAACAACAACUAUAGCAAUGGUACGAGGACAGGUUGGAGAUCCGGGAAUGAUAAAUCACAAUUUCAAAGAAAUGGUAGAUAAUAAAGCUACGCAGAAUACAACAAAUGUGUUUGUGUCUAAGUACUAGAUUUGUUGCA